CGAGAUUAGUAUCGUUUCGAUCGUCGUCGUGGAUCGUAAAAUCACCGAGUCCGUGGUAAAAAGAAGCGGUGAUAGACACGGUGGAACACGCAUCGACGAUCGAGCUCGGCCAUGAUACGGAAUUCGUCUCGUGAAAUCGGUCGAUUCGGUCGAUCCGGUCGGCGAUAAGGAAAGGAAAAAAAAGGGAAUACGUUUGUAUCUCGCUAUAUUUCUCCAUCUUUUUUUUCUUGGGUAAAAAAAGAAAAGAAAGAAAGAGAAAGGACGACGAAGUGAGUCGAGUGUUAAGAAGACAGAAGAGAAAAUUUGAAGAGGAAAGUCAGAUUAAUUGGACAAUAAAAUAAAAGAAAGAAGAAGAUCAAGAAGUUAUCGAACGCAGAUACACACAUACGCGCAUGGCUGGAAUAGAUAAGUAAAAAGUGAAUUUUUUGGAUGUUGUACGAUAAGUAACGUACGAUAUAGAGUAAAAAAGAGACGGAGAGAGAUCGGUGAAAAUCGAAGUGCAAGGUGCGCCAACGUAAUCGAUCAGAAUGAAUAUGGCGCUGUGGAUGCGUAUCGAUAACGGAAUCGAUGGAUCGAUAGGACCAAGGAGCAUCGGUGAGCAACAUGAUUGGAUUGGUAGGAAAUCGGGUUACGCCGAUUUUACGGAAGAUGGCGGGGAAAAUGAUAACAGGAUGAUGUUGAUGUCGUCAUCGGCUUAUAAUCUUGACUCUGUUGCUACUAAAACUUUCGUAACAAUGACGAAAAUGAGGACGAUGAUGAACGAAGACGAACGAUGCACCAUAAACGAGGAUCCAUGUAGAUACUCGAAUAUCGAUAAUUCCUUAUCGAAACCUUGCAAAUCUGGUCCCGUUGAUGUCGAGGACCUGGCAAUGUGUUUUCAACAGGAAAAUGUAGGAACGCAAGAGCCAGCAACUCGUAUCACUCGAUUAAUUUCCAGUCAGCGUUCCUCUCGAGGUAACCGUAUCAACAAUUCUUCGUCGUUUCAACAAGAUUCUUGCCGAUCAUGCUCGAGAUACGUCGAGCCGAAUUCGAUGAGUGAUACUCAAGUUCCACCGAACACCAUAACGUCUAUCGAGACUGUUUCUCAUACUUCUUCUUGUAUUCCCUUUGAACAGCAUCGCGUAGAAGAAUUCUAUAGGAAUCCUUUUGGAUUCUGUACGGAAGAAAAAUGGUUGGAAUGUUCUGUUAGUGAUCAUUGUCCUUUAUACGAUACGAAUUUUUCUUACGUAUAUACCAACAAUAUUUUACCACCUUGUCUCUAUGAGGAUUAUUUUUGGAAGGAGUACAGUGAUCCUUGGAAUUAUGUUUCUAUGGAGGAUGAAAGGGUCAUGGAGGAUUACUUGAGCAACGAGAAAAGGAAAGAACGAUCUCGUGACGCGGCAAGAUGUCGACGUAGCAGAGAGACCGACAUUUUUACUGAGCUUGCUGCUGCAUUGCCGGUGUCUCAGGACCAAGCGACUCAUCUAGAUAAAGCCAGCGUCAUGAGACUUGCCAUAGCUUAUCUCAAAGUUCGAGCGGUCGUUGAUUCCAUACCUGGUACGAUCACAAAGACAGAAACUUCAGUGAAAAUGGACGAAUUGUUUCCGGAAGCUUUGAAUGGAUUCAUGCUGGUAUUGUCGAACGAUGGAAAUAUGGUUUAUCUAUCGGAAAAUGUUAGCGAAUAUCUCGGAGUAUCGCAGAUGGAUAUGAUGGGACAAAGCGUUUACGAAUACAGCCACCCAUGCGAUCACGAUGAAUUACGCGAGUGUCUUUCUUCGAAGCCUAUCGAAGAUAACGACAAACGCUCGUGCAGUUUUUUUCUUAGAUUAAAGUGCACCUUAACCAGCAAAGGAAGAAAAGUCAAUUUGAAGAGCGCCUCUUAUAAGGUAAUCCAUUGUAUUGGUCGUUUGACGAACAUACAUGAUUCCAAUUCCAAUUCUGUAAACGUCGAGAAGGAAAAGGAUGCCUCUUCGGAUAAGGAUGAGAUCGAACGUGAAACUGGACCGUCUUUGAUUCUCGUUGGGUGUCCUAUACCACAUCCUAGUAAUAUCGAGAUACCUUUAGGACGUCAAACUUUUUUAUCGAAGUACAGCCUCAGCAUGAAAUUCACUUAUGCCGAUGAAAAAUUAGCGGAAUACCUUGGUUGGGACAGCGAGGAAUUGAUGGGACAAUCAGUUUUCGAAUUCCAUCAUGCUCUCGAUAACUUGGCCCUUGACAAAUCCUUCAAAUCUCUGUUCAGCAAAGGACAGUGCGAAACAGUGGCCUAUCGUUUCUUGGGCAAGAAGGGUGGGUACGCCUGGGUAGUUACACAAGCUACACUUAUUCACUGCUCUAAACAACAUAAGCCGCUCUCCGUUGUCUGUGUGAAUUACAUCUUAAGCGGAGUCGAGUGCGAGGAUGAGGUCUAUAGCGUGCGCCAGCUCGUUGCUCGUGACUCCGAGAAGACGGUGAAAUCGGAGCCUCUACAGAAAAUCGUCAUUGUCGAGACACCGCCAUUGGAGUCGGCAACUCUGGAAGUUUCACCGAAACCAGAGAUAUUACAGAACGUUGAGAACGUUGUUGCCCCGAUCGUGCCGUUGCAAGAACAAAAUCGUAACGACAGACCGCAGGCGGUUACAGCUUCGAUAUUCCGACCGGCUGCAUCUCUAUCGAAUCAGGAGACGAAGAAAGAAAGUGAUAAAAUUUUCGAAGGAAAUUCAAGAAAGCCAACGGUCUCUGGAAAAUCUUCAUUCCCUGUGCAAGCACCGAAAAAAAUUCUCGAAGAGGUUGCACUCAAGGAGAACGAUCAACCAAAGAAACGCCGACAAUCUGGACGUACAGAAUUUAUCUUCCAGGGUAAACCUGCAUUGGAAUACGAUUUCGAGGCAGCUUUACGUCGUGAUCGUCCACAAGCGGUCACUAGACAACUCUUUGUUCCUCUUUCAUCGACUACUAAUCAACAGCAACAAUCACAGCAACAGCAAGAAUUGCAACAGCAAGUAUCUUACAGGCCGCCACCUCAAACGGCAACCGCGAGUAUCUUCGCGCCUCGUACCGAGGACAUGAACAAGGGUUUCUUGACUUUCAGCGAGGAUCAGCCAGGUCUUACCAUGUUGAAGGACGAGCCGGAGGACUUAACACAUCUCGCCCCAACUCCUGGCGAUGUCUGUGUACCUCUCGAAGAUACACCCUUCUUGUCAGACAUGUUGGAUGAAUUUAUUCUUGGCAAUGAUAGUUAUUAUCCUUUAUUGAGUCCUGGCGUUCCAUUGUCGUCCGAAUUGCGUGGCACGGAUCUUGGUGAAACUUUAAAGGACACUGAUCUUGGUGACAGUACGAGGAACAAAUGUCUCGGGGAUUCUUUAGCUGAUAGCGAUCCUUUCAUGUACGGUGAUUCACCGGCUAGUCCGUGCAGCAUCGAUCCAAAUUCCGUAUCACCUUCGCUUUCAAAAUAUCGCCAGAGUCCUGAGCGAAGUGUUGAUUCUCUUGGUAGUCCUACAGGAGGCAGUGCUGGAGAAGGAUUCUCGGAAGACGAAAUGUUGAUGCUCGGUAUAAGUGAUAAUACAGUAGACGAUGAACUAGCUCUCAGAGCUCCGUAUAUACCUAUGUCUGAUCAAGACGAGGCAUUGGAUCUUUUGAUAAGCAACGACAUGGUCAUGUGGGGUGCAUCACAGUCCGUUGAGAAAUCAUCCAAAUGGCUAGUCGAGGAUCGCGAUCAACGGGACGUUGAUUCCAGUUUGGCACAAUUGCUUAGAACCGAUCAGGCUGUUGCUCGCAGAUACAACGAUCAUGGCGGAGGUUUGGUUAAUCCGGUACAAGUAUUGGGUCAAAUACCUAGGAAAAAUCUCUUCAAUGAACAGAAUCGUUGGUCGACGAAGAUAAACAAUGACAGAGCAAGUAAACGUCUUCACACGCCAUCAAAUGAUUUAGAAAACGGGAACAAACGUAUCAAAUGCGAGGAUCCGCUCUCCCUCGAGUUGAGCAAAUCACUCGAGAAUCAGCGUUUGAUGUUCGACGAUCAAGGAAAGUCACGAUCAAGAUCGAAUAAUCUUUCAGGCAGUCAACUUCUUCGUCGACUGGUCUCCCAACAGACCUUUUCACGUACUAAUCGAACAAACGUCGAGUCUAGUUGCAACGGCCUUGGAAAGAAUAAUCGUCGUAGGACUUGCGAGGAAGAACAACGUAUACGUAACAUCAAUGAUAAUAAUAACCAUAGCAAUAGCAACAACAAUAAAGCCAUCAAAGACGAUGACGAGGACGAGGCUGAGGGGGAUAGUGGAGGAGGAGGUGAUCAGAAAAGAAGAUGUCUAGCUCGAGAGAUCUUAGACAAUGCGACAACAGUACAAAGUUCAACCAAUUCUCAUAGGAAUCCCCCUUAUAACAGCGUGCUCAUGAAUCUCCUGGUGUCCGGCUGCGACGAUACUGCCACGAACUCUCGUAACGUGCCAACAUUAGGAAACAAAAAUCUAACUUCUCCGCUUAGCGUCAAUGUGGACAACCAGAUGGUUCCACAAUGUCCGGAUGGACUGAGCAACAUAUCUUUAGAUCGUCUAAGUCCAAGUACUAGGAAACAUCUUGUUGGUUCAUUGAGCGGUGGAAGUAUGGCUUCACCUUCAACCGGCAUAAUAUCAUUCGAUCAGCUCGAAUACGAUGUUGUCUGUACUGGUCCAGGUCUUUUGCAAAUGGAUACCGGCUUACAUGAAGGACCGAUGGAUAGGAAUCUCGUUUAAGAUUAAACACGGUCCCUUUGAGAAAUUCCAGAACUGCUAGAAUGAAAAAGUAAGGGCUCGAAUAGUUAGCUGUUAUUUAAUAUACGAUCGAACGGAAUCCUCAAAAAAAAAAAAGAAAGAAAAUCAUAAAUUUCAUCGGUGAUUCU